AUGGCAUCUUAUUUUGGAGUUACCUCAGCAGUGUUUUUCAUCUGGGUUAUGACAUUUAUGGCUCAAAAUUACUAUAUAGCAGGUUCCAUUCUUUCACCUUGCAGGAUCACAGGUGUAGGAAUUUAUCUUGAGGAGAAAGUGAAUUUCUCAGAAGCAAAUAGUGCAUGCAAUCAACUGAAUCUACAACUGGCGAGUAAAGACCAAGUUGAAAAGGCUUUGAAUCAUGGUUUUGAAACCUGCAGCUAUGGAUGGGUGAAAGAUGGAUUUGUUGUCAUUCCGAGGAUAACAUCCAAUAAGAAAUGUGGUAAGGGCAACAUUGGACUAGUGCAAUGGAAUGCUGAACCCUUUAAAACAUUUAAGGUCUACUGCUUCAAUUCCUCAGAUGUUCAGAUUAAUUCAUGUAAACCAGAUCCAACCUCAACCAUAUCACCUUCAUCAAGUGCAUCAAUGGAAUUAACUACAUAUUCAGGCUCCGAUGAGACUGAGAACAUCACAGGAGUACCCAAUAUGACUGAGUCAGAACAGCCCAUGAAAAACCAAAAAUUUCGUGUGAUCUGUGUAACUGAAACUAUAUUGCCAACAGAGGGGACCACUAAAGAAAUGCCAGAGAAAGACUCAGUGACUGACUCUUCUAACAACACUUCCCAUGCUGCCUUUAAAAAUGAUGCCAUUGUCUUUGGAGGUAUUCCCACUGCACUUCUUGUACUAGCAGUCAUCUUCUUCAUUAUUUCAGUUGUUCUAUCAGUCUGCUAUAUCAAAAAGUACAAAAAAACCUUCCCAUUUUCAAAGAAGAAUCAACAAAAAGAAAUGGUUGAAACUACUGCUCUCAAAGAGACUAAUUCAAAUGACAAAACACCUGAGAAGGAAACAAAGAAUAAUGGAAAAAAUGUAGAAGAGUCUAAAACCAAGCCUGAGGCCACAGUAAAAUGUCUAGAAGCAGAAGUGUAA